UAAGUCGAAUUGCUAGACCUCAAGUGAAGUCUUGGUAAAUUAAUCAAAUAAAUUUCUUCGUUCACGGUAUUUAUUUUUUUUUAAUAGUUUUGGUGUCGAAGCUGCAUUAAUUUAAAUUUAUUGAAAAUAUUAGGUUCCAUCGCAUUUUCUACGUUAAAUAUAAAUAUAGAUUAUUUUUUACGAAUUCUCAAUGGCCGCUUAUAUGACUAGAAUUAAUAAACUUUCACCUCUAUUGGUGCCUGCUUUUAAUAAUGGGGCUAAAACUCUUUCAACAGCUGCUCCUCUUCCGAAAGAGUCUCGAAGGCCAAAUAUUGUUUUAGUUGAUGGAGUUCGUUCACCCUUUCUAAUGUCUGGAACAGAUUAUGCCAAACUUAUGCCACAUGAAUUGGCAAGACACUCUCUUUUGAGUUUGUUAAGAAAAACUAAACUUGAUAAAGAAAUUAUUGAUUAUAUUGUAUAUGGGACAGUCAUUCAGGAAGUAAAAACUUCAAAUGUUGCAAGAGAAGCAGCGUUAACAGCUGGUUUUAGUGAUAAAACUCCCGCUCAUACAGUGACAAUGGCUUGCAUCAGUAGUAAUGCAGCAAUGACAACUGCGAUGGGUCUUAUAGCAACUGGUACGUACGAGGCAAUCGUUGCAGGUGGGGUAGAGUUUAUGUCAGAUGUCCCGAUUAGACAUAGUAGAGCUAUGAGGAGUUUAAUGUUAAGAGCUAACAAAGCUAAAACGCCAUUACAAAAAUUACAAUUACUUGCAACGUUAAGACCAAAUUUUCUAAUUCCAGAGCUUCCAGCAGUGGCAGAGUUUUCUUCAGGUGAAACUAUGGGACAUUCGGCAGAUCGUUUAGCAGCUGCAUUUAAUAUUAGCCGAAAAGAGCAAGACGACUACGCUUUGAGAUCACAUACUUUAGCCAAAGAAGCACAAGAAAAGGGUUAUUUGACUGAUUUGGCACCUUUUAAGCCAAAUUCUGCUUCAAAACUUGUGGACAAAGAUAAUGGAAUAAGAGUUUCCACCAUAGAUGCAUUAGCGAAACUAAGACCUGCCUUUGUUAAGCCGAAUGGUACUAUCACUGCCGCGAACGCAUCUUUUUUGACUGAUGGUUCAUCGGCUUGUUUAAUUAUGACUGAUGACAAAGCUAAAGAAUUAGGACUAAAACCCAAGGCAUAUCUUAGAGACUUUUUAUACGUAUCACAAGAUCCGGUUGAUCAAUUACUUUUAGGUCCAGCAUAUGGAAUUCCAAAAUUGCUAAAAAAAACUGGACUUACUCUGAAAGAUAUUGACUGUUGGGAGAUCCACGAAGCUUUUGCUGGCCAAAUUUUAGCGAAUUUAAAAGCUUUAGAUUCUGACUGGUUCUGCAAAACAUAUAUGGGAAUGAGCCAAAAAUAUGGCACUCCUGACUUAGCAAAGUGGAAUAAUUGGGGCGGGUCUUUGUCUAUUGGUCAUCCGUUUGCCGCAACUGGAGUUAGGCUCUGCAUGCACGCUGCAAAUCGUAUGGUACGAGAAAAUGGAAAAUUUUCUGUUGUAUCCGCUUGCGCUGCGGGUGGACAAGGCGUUGCAAUGUUAUUAGAAAGACAUCCUUUAGCAUCUGCUGAUUGAAGAGAUGAACGAACGCAUUUAUUUAAUUAUAUAUUAUACAGCUGAAUAAAUAUUAUUUUUUUUUUAA